AUGUCAUACUUGGAGAAGGGUCCUUGUCAACCAUAUGAACAUGAUUUCCCAAGAAGACCGAUGGGGAAUGAUAAUAGAUGUUUUCGGAAAGAAUGGUUCUCCGAAUUUCAUUGGUUGGAAUACAGUAUAGAAAAGGAUGCGGCGUAUUGUUUGCAUUGCUACCUGUUCAAACCUGAUAGAGGGAGUCAAGGGGGUGGACAUAUAUUUACUAAGACCGGCUUUAGGGAUUGGAAGCAUAAAAAGACAUUGAAAGAUCAUGUCGGUCUCUUUGAUAGUUCUCAUAAUCAAGCUUUUGCAAAGUGUACCAACUUGAUGAAUCAAAAGCAAAGAUUGUCAUUUCGUGGUCAUGAUGAAUCGGAAGAGUCUCUUAAUAGAAGAAAUCUGAUUGAGGUAUUGAACUGGUAUGCAGCUCGUUGUAAGGAAAUUAAAGAAGUAUUAUUUAGUAAUGCUCCUGGAAAUGACCAAAUGACUUCACCAACCAUCCAAAAGGAUUUGAUUAAUUGUUGUGCUGUAGAGAUGACAAGGGCUAUUAUCAAUGAGAUUGGUGAUUCUUUGUUUUCAAUUUUAGUUGAUGAGACUCGCGAUAAUUCUAUGAAAGAACAAAUGGCAGUUGUUUUAAGGUUUGUUGAUAAAAGUGGGCGAGUGAAGGAGCGUUUUUUGGGUAUAUCCCAUGUCACUGAUACUUGUGCCCAAUCACUGAAGGAUGCCAUUGAUGUAAUGUUUUCUACACAUGGGCUGAGUAUAUCUAGUCUGAGAGGUCAAGACUAUGAUGGAGCAAGUAAUAUGUCAGGUGAGUUCAAUGGGUUAAUAGCUUUAAUUCUUAGAGAGAACUGGCAUGCUAUGUAUGUUCAUUGUUUCGCUUACCAGCUUCAGUUAGCAAUUGUAUCUGUGGCACGUAGGAAUUGUAUGGUUGGUGAUUUUUUGGACGUACUUGCUAUUAUUGUGAAUUUGGUUGGUGCAUCAUGUAAGCGUGUAGAUGCUCUUCGAACAAGUUAUCAAGCUAAUAUUCUGGAGAAACUUAAUGCUGGGGAACUUACUGGUGGAAGUGGUCAGUUUCAAGAAAUGAGUUUGGCACGCUCAGGUGAUACUAGAUGGGGCUUACAUUUAUUGACAGUUACUCGUUUCAUUAAUAUGUUUAAUGCUAUUAUAGAUAUUCUUGAGAAUAUAUCAGAAGAUGGCGUACACUCAGAUAAAAAAUCUUCGACCUUAAGACAGAUGAACAAUAUGCAAGAUUUUGAGUUUGUGUUCAGUCUUCACUUUAUGUUUGAAAUUCUUGCAAUUACAGACGACCUUUCACAAGCCUUACAGAAAAAGGAUCAGGAUAUUCAGAAUGCUAUGAGGUUAUUGAAUUUGUGUAAGUGUGCAUUGCAGAACUUGAGAGAGAAUGGUUGGGAUACUUUAUUCAGUAGGGUGAUUGAGUUUUGUGUUGAUAGACAUAUUUUAGUGCCUAAUAUGGAGGAUAUUGUAGUGGUGAAAGGUCGACCUAGGCGUGUAGCUCAACAGGUGACUUAUUUUCAUCGCUUUUAUGUUGAUUUGUAUUGUCAUGUGAUAGACUCAAUCUUGCAAGCGUUGAAUGAUCAAUUUCCAGAAACAACUACUGAGCUCUUUACUUGCAUUUCAUGUUUAAGUCCAAGAGAUUCAUUUGCAGCUUUUGAUAAGGAUAAAUUGCUACGUUUUGCUCAAUUCUAUCCUUUGGACUUCAAUAGUGAAGAACUUUUAUUAAUUAGACCUCAACUUGAUAAGUUUCUUUUGCUUGUGAGAAUGGACGAAACUUUCUUUAAUCUCAAUAGUAUAUCCUGUGUAGCUCAGAAGUUGAUUGAAACUAGAAGUUUCUGUUAUUUUCCAUUGGUUUAUAGGCUGCUCACCUUGGCUUUGAUAUUACCUGUGGCAACUGCAAGUGUUGAAAGGGUAUUUUCUGCUAUGAAUCUAAUCAAGAGUGAUUUGCGCAACAAAAUGGGUGAUAUCUGGUUGAAUGACAAUUUGCCUAAAACACCUCCUUUCGAUGAGCUUGAGAUCCUUGUGAAGCUGCUCAAACCUUCUCCUAGAAUUAUCAAACUAAACACUGAUGGAUGCUUAAAAUGCUCCAAACUAGCUGCUAGGGGAAGGGUUUUAAGACAUGCCGAGGACUGA